GUGUCGUCACUUCCUCCAGGUAUUUUCAACAUGGAGUCGUGCGGUAUGAAGCUGAGUUUCUGGGAGAACGGACCAACGCCCGGACAGUUUUACUCUUUCCCCGGCGGCAACAGCAGUAGCAGCGGGUCGGGCACAGCAUGCGGGCCGGUCAGACACACACUUAACCCCAUGGUAACCGGGACGUCGGUGCUCGGGGUGAAGUUCACCGGCGGCGUCAUGAUCGCGGCGGACAUGUUGGGCUCGUACGGCUCUCUGGCUCGCUUCAGGAACAUCUCGCGCCUCAUGAAGGUGAACGGCAACACCAUCCUGGGAGCUUCAGGAGACUACGCCGACUACCAGUACCUCAAACAGGUCAUCGAACAGAUGGUUAUUGACGAGGAGCUGCUGGGUGACGGCCACAGCUACAGUCCGAAGGCGGUCCACUCCUGGCUGACCCGAGUCAUGUACAACCGUCGCAGCAAGAUGAAUCCGCUGUGGAACACCGUGGUGAUCGGAGGUUUCUACAACGGAGAGAGUUUCCUAGGUUACGUGGACAAGCUGGGCGUGGCCUAUGAGGCGCCCACAGUGGCCACAGGCUUUGGAGCGUACCUGGCUCAGCCCCUGAUGAGGGAGGUGGUGGAGAACAAGGUGGAGAUCACCAAACAGGAGGCUCGGGACCUGCUGGAGCGCUGCCUCAAAGUGCUGUACUACAGAGACGCUCGCUCCUACAACAGGCACGAGAUCGCCAUAGUAACAGAAGAGGGCGUGGAGAUUGUUGGUCCUCUGUCUUCUGAAACCAACUGGGACAUCGCGAACAUGGUCAGUGGGUUUGAAUGAAGACGAGCUGCGACUGAUGAAGUCAAACAACAACAGCAACUGCGCGCGCCAUCAGCUUAUCUAUCCCAGUUUAGUUUUUUCUGAUGUUCACUGUAACUUUUGUAUAAUGGAAAAUAAAUGUGAUGAGUCAUAAAAA